UAUUGAGGGAGUGGAACCUGAACCAAAACAAACCUACCUCUGAGACUACAAAACCAAGUAGAAUGCCCUGCAAUACAAUUCUACACAAAGGAUUAAUUAAGCCAAUCAAUCCUCUACAGAUAUUUCCCCACAACCUCCUUGAGCACCUCAUGAUCCAACAACGCCUUAACCUUCAAUCCGCCAGGCCCUUCCAUAUCCUCCGAGCUCACCAGGGCAUUAUAGAUGGCCUCCUCCGUCGCGUCCGCCGCAGCUUCAAACAGCGCAUUGAUGGACGUAUCCUGCACGGCACGCACUUUCUGCUCCACAUUGACCGUCCCGAUAAAUUCCGGCUCAUUACGGCUGACCUUCUCCGCCGUGCUAAAGGCGACGAAGAUGUCGCCAGAGCUGUUGGAGCCCCCAGCUGCCCACGCACGAUAGUCCUACCGUCGCGCGCUUGGCUAGGCGUUCGAGCUGGACGGGGUGGGUGUAAGGGUGCAUAUGUGGCGAGGACGACGAUGAUGCUGCCAUCUUUCGUCGCCAUAUUUUCUUCUCUUCUUCUUUUCUUCUUCUUCUUCUUCUUCUUCUUCUUCUUCUUCUUCUUGCGCGGCCGCGAAUGCUGCGGGUGAUGGUGCAGCUACUACCUUCCGCUCCUCAAUGAUCCUACCCAGCGGCACCCCGCCAACAUUAACUCCCCCUGCGAGCGGGGGAGGAGCAUAUCAUAUCAUGAACCCGUUAGAGGCAGAGUACUAUUCAUUCCACCCAAUGACCAGGGUUCGGGUGUCGUACGCGGAGAAAUUAAUUGCAUUUCGUAGACAUCCACGGAAAUAGAUCAGUGUGCUCCAUUAUAAAAGGAGACUUAUUAAGAAGAUGACCAGAAGAGUCUCAGAUGGUUCAAUAGUGGAUCGAAGUUAUGUACGGAGUACUCCGUACUGUAUAAAUUAUUUAUAUUCCAUUUGGGCUGCCAUCGCGUGGAGAGAUGUCGAAUCAUGCCUAGCAGGCUUGGCGACAGGCUGACUUCUCAUGGGGUGGAGAGGGGUAUGAAAGCCUAUAACUAGUAGCUACAGGUGGUGAUAGCCAGCCUAGACUCCAGCUAAGGGAUAGCUAAGAACUCAGUAAGAAACGUACUAAACCCCACUAAACCGCGCCCCGAAGACCCGGCCCUAUAGGCUAUAGAAGACAGCAUGUCCCCGAAAGCUAAACACAGAAAAAGCUAGCUCCAAUCCCGGCAAGUGGCGGGGUGAAAUUAUGACGAGAUGUCUUUAAAUUCCCGAAGAAGCAAGCUUGUCACUCUCGACAAAACGCGGUAAUCAAUAUAUAUCUAAUAUUUAUCACAAUGUCCACUCUCACUCAUGCUGAAGGUGUAGAUGGACAUCCACCACACCUAGAACCAAGCCAAUUAGGCACGAAGGAAUACUGGGAAUCAUUCUACGAUAACUCUCUAUCUCACCUAUCUUCGAAGCAACGGGCGCGGGCGCGGGCGCGCAAGGGUCAAAGUCGUACCAAAGACGAGAGUGAAGCCGAUGAUAGAAACGAGGAGGAAGACGAAAAAGGUGCCGAUGAUGAUGAGUACAACGGCGAUGAAGACGGAGACGACGACCCUGGCACAUCCUGGUUCAUAGAACACAACGCGCCCGAAAAAGUCAUGAGAUUCCUCACCUCCGAAUCCUUCCCGCUUGCACCCUGUAACACUACUCCGAGUACACAGACACAACGGCAAUCACAAUCGCAAUCGCAAUCGCAACCACAAUCGCAACCACAACCACAACCCAACAUCCUCGACCUUGGAACGGGGAACGGCAGCAUGCUUGCCCUCCUCCGCGACGAGGGGGGUUUCACGGGGGGCCAGAUGGUCGGAGUCGACUAUUCUCCCAAGAGCAUCGAGUUGGCGAGACGGUUGCAUCACCAUCGUCAUGACUCCUCCUCAACGCGGGACGGUGGGGCGGACACUGCUGCUAGAACUACUACUAGUGGUACCCCGGCAAUCCGCUUCGAGGUGUGGGAUGUCUUUGACAAGCGAGCUGUGGAGGAAUUGGAUUGGUUCCCGGCUGCUCAGGGCGGGUUUGACAUCGUGCUAGAUAAGGGGACGUUUGAUGCCAUUUCGCUUUCUGCGGAGGAGGUUGUGGUGGAUGUCGGGGGUGCAGCGAGGGUAGGGGGAGCAUACAGGGGAGUAGGAGGAGAGGAAAAUGUGGAUAUGAAGGGGUCGCGCGUGGUGCAGAGGAGGGUGUGUGAGCGGUAUCCCGGCAUUGUGAAGGGGUUGGUACGCAAGGACGGGUUUCUGGUUGUUACGAGCUGUAAUUGGACGGAGGAGGAGUUGAUUAGGUGGUUUACGAGGAGGGAGGUGGGGGAAGGGGAAGCGGAGGAAGGGGGUAGGCUGGUGGUAUGGGACCGUGUUGAUUAUCCGAAGUUUCGGUUUGGAGGGCAGGAGGGCCAGGGGGUGUGUACUAUUUGUUUUAGAAGGGUGAGUGGGAGCUAAAAUGGGGGCGGUGUCCUGGGUUAAAAGCUAUGAUGGGGUGAUGAGUUAUGAAAAUAGAGUAUAGAAUAAAAAAAAAAAAAUCAUUUUCGAUAUCAGCGUCAUGAAAACGACCAGUUUGCCUGGGGUUCAAUUGUAACUCUCUGCUAUUCUGGAGCCCUAGUAUAAAAUUCAUCACAACCAUCACAUAUAAAAAGACAUGUAAAAUCUACAUCCCAAAUGACGGUUACUAUUUCACCCCUUUCUCAAGAACGCAACAACGCACCAUCUCGCCCUGUUUUCCGGGCCCUCUUCCGGACGUACAGACAUCCA